GGCGUUGAAAAUUCUCUGAAAAAAUUAAACAUAUAUUUUGAAUCGAGGCUUAAUCAAGUUAUUUGAACGUUUUCGCCAUUAACUAAAAUGUUACUUAAUUUAUAAAGGAUAAUUAUAGAUGAAACUAUUCAUCAGUCCCCGUCAUUCUUCUACGAGCAUACGUUGUCGAAUUACUUUUUAUCUCUUUCGCGUUUCCAUCGACUCUCUCAAGUGUCUCGAAUGUGACAUGGCGUCCAUCAAGAUGUAUUGCGGUCUCUUAUAAAACUGUAACGGUGGUCUUAUUUCACAUUUUGUCACUGAUGCCGUAAGAAAAUCGUACAUUUGCAUUGAUGGUAAUGCAUGCAAGGAAACCUCAGCGAAUAAGCGAUGGGUACUUUGAGAAGCACCAAACCCAUCCGUACCAGAAGUACAAUUCCAAGGUUGAAAGGAGGAAUAGUGACUACAUUCCUGAAACACGGUAUGCAUCACUUAGAUCACCAAAUGGCAAUGUGUUCAUGCAUGGACACGGACACAGUAGUCACACAGGACACACGGGACACACCGGACACUCAGCUCAUUCGGCCCACCACCAUUACAGUCAUGUGGUCGAAGAAAGGCCACAUACCAUACCUAGAAAUUCCUACAUGCAAAAAGAUUCCGAAAAGGAGAGAGAUCGAGACUACAAAUCAUCUAGAAAUAAGUACACAGACAGUGUUCGAUCACCGAAAGAGAAACGCAGCAAAGAAUGUGAUAGAGAAAAGAAUAACCAUGAACGAUGUGAAUCUGAGAAGAAAAGUAGGCCUAGUGGCAUGAACUGUAGUGUUAGUAGGAGUAGUAAAUAUGAUAAACGGAGUGCACCAGUUUCAAGCGUAACUUCAACAAGUGAAUGGUCGGAACAUAUUAGUUCAUCAGGGAAGAAGUACUAUUAUAACUCUAUCAGUGAAGUGUCACAGUGGGAGAAGCCACGGGAAUGGGACUCUCGGCGGACGACAUCCAAAGAUUCCACAUACUCUACCAGAAACAAUCGCGACAGAGAGAAGAGGUCGCGGUCGCGUUCGAGGUCUCGGUCUCGUUCUCGGUCUCGGUCCGGGCGGCGGGAGGCGGAGCAGACGCGCAACAAGCGCUCCAACAACGCCUCGGAUAGAUCCCCGACGCACUCUGAGAACACGGACCCCCACGCGCCCCCUUUGCAUCUAGAUGCAGCGCUGCCUAGAAAAAUGGAGUGCCUGGGUAGCUACUCGUCGGUGGUGGGAGGUCCUCUGCAGCACGCCGUGCCCAUGCUGACCCCUUCGCUCAUGAACUACGUGCGUACAGACCUCACCGGGCACGUCGCUGGGUGGCCCGCGGAUAUACUGGAGAAACAGGCGAACAAGUUCACCGAGGAGGCGUACCAGCUGGGGUGCUUGCAGUGCACGCGAGUCUCCGCGGAGCUGAAGUGUGCGCGUUCCCUCGUGCGGCACACUGAGAUACAAGCCACGCUGCAGGAACAAAAGGUGAUGUACUUGCGGCAGCAGAUCACGAGGCUGGAGGAGCUGAAGUCGCAGAACUCGUUUAUGUCGGAUGAAUAGGACAGGGCGUGGG